GUAAAAAGCAACCAAGUUCUCCGUGCCAUUGUAGCACGUCGAUCCUUGAAGCCAUGUCAUUCGAUAGAUUGUCUACGCGUACACCCAUUCGGAUUACAAAGGUUCUCAGUGAAGCUGACAUGACCGCCAUUGAUUAAGUCGCACUUCUGCUUCAAUCUAGCCCAACUUUUACCGUCCGAUUUAAAUCCGCCUGUCCAACUUGCCUUGAAGCUUGACCUGAAUCAGGGAUCUCGCAUCCGGCUCAGCCCACCUCUACGAUGUCUUCGUCUGACUCUCAGCAUGGCGGCCGCGGCGGUCCCACCCGAACCUUUUUCGAUCAUUCGAGUGCCGCGCGCGUUUCAACCGACACCGUCGUUGCCAAGUCCAUCCGCGAGGCAUACCCGCAACUCGAAUUGAUCAUCGUACCCGCCCAGACCACGAACCUCUUCACCUACGCCCAGGCCGGCAAUGCGAAGCUGACACCGAUCCAAGACGAAGCCAACGAGCUGCUGCCGUCGUCUCUCAGCUGGGAAAUCUACGUCGCCCCUGGAAAGCGCAUCGAUGGCUCCCGAGGAGGCCUGGUCCAGCGCCCCUUGUUUGGCAAGUAUGCGUACACCUGGCAGGACACCGAGUUCAUCCUCUACUACGUCGAAGGCCGAGACGGCCAGAGCGCAUACCCUACCACCAAUAACUUUUACCUCCUUGCGUCGCCGGCCGAUCGAGGCAAGGCACAGAGCUUGCUGGUUGCGGCCGGCUUUUGGAGCCAGGAGCUGCACGAUGAAGUUCUCGUCUUUGACGGGGGGUACUGGAACAAGUCGCGGGAGCUGUUCAACAGCAUCCGGAAGGCAUCAUGGGACAACGUCAUCUUGGACCCCAGCAUGAAGCAGGCUUUGAUCGACGACCACAUGUCUUUUUUCAAGUCUCGGGGUCAAUACGAGAAACUGAAGGUCCCUUGGAAGAGGGGUAUCAUCUACUACGGUCCACCCGGAAACGGCAAGACCGUCAGCAUCAAGGCGACUAUGAACAUGCUGUAUAAGCUCAAGGACCCCGUGCCAACCCUCUACGUCAGGAGCUUGGUAAGCUGGAUGGGCCCCGAGGCAGCGCUAUCCAUGAUAUUUUCUGGGGCGAGAGCGAUGGCGCCGUGUUAUCUUGUAUUUGAGGACCUCGACAGCAUUGUCAACGACUCUGUUCGCUCCUACUUUUUGAACGAGGUGGACGGACUCAAGAACAAUGACGGAAUCUUUAUGAUUGGCAGCACCAACCACCUCGAGCGGCUUGACCCUGGUAUCUCGAAGCGACCAUCCAGGUUCGACCGCAAGUACCUGUUUCCGAACCCCAGCAGGGACCAGCGUGUAGCAUACUGUCAUUUCUGGCAGGGAAAGCUGGCCGACAACAAGGACAUUGAGUUUCCUGACAGUCUCUGCGGGGCGGUGGCAGACAAGACCGACAAGUUCAGCUUCGCCUACAUACAAGAGGCGUUUGUGGCUUCGCUCCUGGCCAUUGCGCGCGCAUCCAAGCAGGCAGACGAGGAUGAUUGGGUCAGCGUGGCGACUCCUGGCACCGAAGACAGUGAUUUUGAGAGUGAUGACGGCUACGAUGACGACGACGUGAAGAAUUUGGUCCUCUACAAGGAGAUGAUGAAGCAGAUCAAGAUUCUGAGGGACAGCAUUGACAGCGAUGACCAGGCGCUUGCCAAGGUGGAGCUUUGCUGAUGACAACAUAGUCAGUGUAUACGUGGGUUUGCUAGGUUUGAUAUUUAUUGUUGCCUCUGUUUUUUGUGUCUAAUCCGUCAGUCUCGGUUGAGCAUAUUUAAUACGGCUUGAAACCUAGACAAGAAAUGGUCGGUUGUCAAAUCAUUCAGGAAACACGUACAAAGAAGUAGCUUGAAUAAUCCGUCUCGUGUAGCCCACCCGCUGGCAGUAUUCAACAUGAUCAGUCACUGUAGUUACAACAGCAAACACUGCUCAUCUGUAAAACUUUGGA